AUGUUAACAAAUUUAAGUCGUCUAUUCAUAUCUAUCAUGUUCAUUUUUACUUAUCUCAAUAAAUUCGUAUCUAUUAUCUAUCUAUUAUCUAUCUAUCUACUUGUAUCUAUUCUUUUCAAAAACGUGUUUUUCUUCUCUCUCUCUCACUCUCUAUCUCUCUCUCUCCCUCUCACUCACUCUUUCUCUCUAUUUCUCUAUCUCUCUCUCUUUUUCUUGCUUUUUUUCUUUGCUCUGUCUUCUCUUCUAUGUGUGUUACCCUUCCCUUUUCUCCUUCUCUCUCUUUCUCUCUGUUUCUUCUCUAUCCUUGUCUCUUUCUUCGUCUCUCUCUCUCUCUCUUUUCAAUUUUAUGCCUCACUCUUUCAUUUUCUCACGCUUUUCUCUCUCUCUUUCUCCAUCUCUCUUUCUCUCUCCUCUCAUUCUCUUUCACUCUGUUUCUCUUUCUGUUCUUCUCUUUCUAUAUUUUCUUUUUUCUCUCUCUCUCUCUCUCUCUCGUCUUAUCCUUUUCUUUCACUUCCUCUCCGGAUUUGUCACUUUCUACAUAUCUUCUCUUUUCAAAUCACUGCUCAUUUUUCCACCUACUCAGUCCAUUUUUCUUUUUCUCUCUCUCUCUCUCUCUCUCUCUCUGGCCUUUUGUCUCUUUCCUUUUAUUCUUUUCAACUCUGCCAAAUCAUACAUUUCUUUUCAAAUAAGACAAUAAACUACAUGUCUCUGAUCAGGAGUUUUUUUUCGACUUCCCUGGUGUUCCCAGGUCCUCCUUUUUCAACUGUUACUUUUUUUCUUUCUAUCCUCCCUCGCUUUAUUUGUUUCUCUCCCUCCCCCCUCUCUCUCUCACUCUCCAUUUUUCUCUCUUUUACCUAUCUAUCUAUCUAUCUAUCUAUCUAUCUAUCUAUCUAUCUAUCUAUCUAUCUAUCUAAUUCUAGCUCUCUCUUUCUCUCUCUUUCUCUCAUCUUUCUUUCACGUCAGUCAUCAUCAAUUUUUUAUUUCUUUUUCUUCUCUUAUGUUUAUUCCUUUAUUCCUCAUCUUUCCGGUCUUUUUCAUCCCUCUUUCUCAUUUUUCAUACCACCCACCUUUUCUGCCUGUAGUCUAUCACGUCUCUCUUCCUGA